AUGUCUGUCUCCAAGUUGAACAUCCUGGUGGACACAGGAAGUAGUAACUUUGCUGUGGGGGCCGCUGCUCAUCCCUUCCUGCGCAGAUACUACCAUCGUUCACUCUCCGGGUCGUACCGCGAUCAGGGCAGGAGUGUGUAUGUUCCCUACACGCAGGGUCGCUGGGAGGGGGAGCUGGGAACGGACCUGGUCUCCGUCCCCCACGGCCCCAACGCCACGCUGCGCGCCAACAUCGCUGCCAUCACCCAGUCAGAUCGCUUCUUCAUCAACGGAUCCAACUGGGAGGGAAUCCUGGGACUGGCCUACGCCGACAUAGCCCGGCCUGACGAGACAUUGGUGCCUUUCUUCGACUCUCUAGUUCGGCAGACUCGUGUUCCCAACCUCUUCUCUCUGCAGUUGUGUGGAGCAGGCUUUUCCCAAAACGACUCCCUGGGUAGCGCUACUGUUGGUGGCAGCAUGAUCAUCGGAGUAGUGGACCCGUCCCUGUACGUGGGAGAGCUUUGGUACACUCCCAUCCGCAGGGAGUGGUACUAUGAGGUCAUCAUCGUGCGCAUUGAGGUGAACGGACAGGAUCUGAACAUGGACUGUAAAGAGUACAACUAUGAUAAGAGCAUCGUGGACAGCGGCACCACUAACCUUCGACUGCCUAGAAAAGUCUUCAAGGCUGCAGUCAAGGCUAUUGAAGCAGCUUCUUCGACCGAGCAGUUUCCCUCUGGGUUCUGGCUGGGGGAGCAGCUGGUUUGUUGGCAGGCUGGUACUACACCCUGGCACAUCUUCCCCGUCAUCUCCCUCUACCUGAUGAGUGAAAACCACAACCAGUCCUUCAGAAUCUCCAUCCUGCCGCAGCAAUACCUGCGGCCAGUGGAGGACGUGGCUUCCGCCGAGGAGGACUGUUACAAGUUUGCUGUGUCCCAGUCCAGCACUGGUACGGUGAUGGGGGCUGUCAUCAUGGAAGGCUUCUAUGUGGUGUUCGACCGAGAAAAUAAACGUAUCGGCUUUGCAGUCAGCACCUGCCAUGUGCAUGAUGAGUUUCGCACAGCCUCUGUGGAGGGCCCGUUCCACGGCGUCGACCUCAAGGACUGCGGCUACAACAUCCCUCAGACGGACGAGUCCACUCUCAUGACCAUCGCCUACAUCAUGGCGGGCAUCUGCGCUCUCUUCAUGCUGCCGCUGUGUCUCAUGGUGUGCCAGUGGCGCUUCGCCCGCUGCAUCUACCCACACGGGGACUUUGCUGACGACAUAUCGCUCCUGAAGUAAAGGGCGAGAAGAAAGGCGACAAACUGAGUCGUGCAGACCUACACUUGAAACGCAGGCAAGGGUGGAUUGUGGGGUAAAAGAUGAGCGUUGUUGUUACAGAAUGCUGGUGCUGUUGAAACAGAACUUUGAAGAGGUUUUCAGGAAUCUAAUAUGUAAAGUGUAGAAAAAGGCUGACAUACAGUGAUUGCACAGUGAACAGAUCAAUUGAGGAUAACUAGAGCCAUUACUAACUGGUGGAAAAAGUUGGUGUCGUCAGCAUUAACUUUGCCUGUUUAAGCUACCUAUGCAGAAGGGUGGGUAAAAGAAAUAAAAAAAAUCCUGGUAAAAAUCUUUGUUUUAGUGUUUUAAAAAAAGACCACAGAGAUGGAUAGGAUUUGUAAUUUUGAUGUCUCUUAACAUUUGAAGAGCUCAAAACUCGGUGGGUUUAGGUAAAAUAAGGACAAAACAGAUAAUUUAACAAACAUUGCUUAGUGAAGAAACACAUCCUGGAUAUGAAUACAAGAUUGGAAUCUAGACUUGUUUUGUUAUGGUAUGAUUUGAAAAUGUGAGUGUAUGGUUAUAUGUGUGUGUAUAGAUCUGCUAUUUGUGGCUUAUGAGUGACUGAAAGUUGAUGCGUGAGCAUGCCUGUAUGUGUGCACGGCUGCACUAAAGGGUAUACACAAAGAUUUAUUCAAAUGAAGAUGAUACUGAAAAUUAAAAUACUACUGCGUAUGAAUAGCUUCUAUAAAAUCACACUAUUUUGCAAUUGCCAGCAAAUAAUUUUGCACUGCAAACUAAGUAAGCAUAAAGAAGUUCAGUGGAUGAAAUCAGAUUGCAACAGCAUUUAUUUCAUAAUAUCAGUUUUGCUUGGUGUGAAUCUGAGACUACUGACAAAAUAAGAUGUCACGUUUUCCUCCUAUAUUGAUAGUUUAAAUGUAUCUAUUGUAAAUAAAAUGUAUUGCAUUCCAGAUCUGUUAUUCAUGCAAACACACAGACACACACACAGUAUACACAUUGCUUAUAUUGCUGCUGCACCAUCAGAUGAUUUGCACAUGUAACAGCACAUUAUCUUAACAGAGCGAAACUUUGAAAGGGCUUCUUUCACAGACACAGAAACAACCUAACUCACAUCUUUCAAUGGGGACCAUAUAUACUUUGACAAGGAAACCAGCCAAAAGUAUGUUAAACACUUAAAACAUUAAGUAUGUGUACAAGGGACUGUGUGUAUUGUCUCUCAGCAAGCUGUACAUUGAUAAACUGUAUAUUUAUCUGUCAGGCGCUGGCAUCACUGUGGAAUCAAUAAAGUACUUAUUGUAACUGUAA